AUGGCCCCCAACAUCCAAAGGGAAUUAACUAGUGUUUGUGCUCAUUUGACUACUAAGAAAAUUAUUGCAGAAAUUGUGAGAGUUAAACAACCAUUCUCUUUACUAGUUGAUGAAUCUCGUGAUGUGGCAGUGAAAGAACAAAUGGCUAUUGUUUUUCGCUAUGUGGACAAAAUAGGUUGUGUUAUUGAACGUUUUAUCGGGGUUGUGCAUGUUAAGAAUACUUCUGUAAAGUCUUUGAAAAUUGCAAUAGAUCAUUUUUUUGUAAAGCAUGGAUUGAGUUUGACAAGUUUACGGGGGCAAGGUUACGAUGGAGUAAGCAAUAUGAGAGUUUUGGAUAACAUUCAAGAAGGACUCAAUAAUCGUUUUGAUGAAGUAAAUAUGAGGUUGUUUCAAUGUAUGUCAUCUCUUGAUCCAAGUAAUUCUUUUGUUGCAUUUAACAAAGAUAGAUUACUUGAAUUUGCAAAGUUCUAUCCUGCCGAUUUUCCUCAACACGAUAUUUGGUUGCUCGAUGAUCAACUUGAAAACUAUUAUGAGGAUGUUAGCACCAACGCCAAUUUCACUCAUCUCGAAGGGAUUGCCGACCUUGCUAAAAAAAUGGUUGAGUUUAAGAAAGAUGUUGCUUACAACAAAGUUUUCUUGCUUAUUAAAUUAGCAUUGGUUUUGCCUGUGGCUACUGCAACAGUUGAAAGGGUAUUCUCUGCAAUGAAUCUUGUGAAAAAUAGUUUACGUAAUCGAAUGGGAGACGACUGGAUGAACAAUUGCUUGGUGGUUUACAUUGAAAAAGGAAGUUUUUGCUACAAGUGA